AAUCCACGGGAUAAAGGCAAAAGUCCUCACCGGUUUGACAGCGAACGAGUGGAGUGGACCCGUUUUCUUCUCUGAAGUGGGGAAUUGUUAAUUUAAGAUCUUCGCAUAAGUUAAAAAUAAAUUGGUUAACUACCAUUCAGGCAUAUUAUAAUCAAACAUGGCUGUCUACAAAUUAGUGUUGAUUCGCCACGGAGAAAGCAACUGGAACCAAGAGAAUCGGUUCUGCGGCUGGUUCGAUGCAGAUUUGAGUGAAACAGGGGAGAAGGAGGCGAAGAGAGGUGGACAGGCCCUGAAAGAUGCCGGCUUUGAGUUUGACAUUUGCUACACCUCCGUGCUGAAGCGAGCCACUAGGACACUUUGGCUGGUCCUGGACAGCAUUGAUCAGAUGUGGGUGCCGGUGCAUCGGACCUGGCGGCUCAAUGAGCGCCACUAUGGAGGCCUGACAGGGCUGAACAAGGCAGAGACAGCCGCCAAGCACGGAGAGGCUCAGGUGAAGAUCUGGAGGCGCUCGUUUGAUAUCCCUCCUCCCCCCAUGGGCCCAGACCAUGACUACUACAGUAUCAUCAGCAAGGAUCGUCGCUAUGCAGACCUGACCGAGGACCAGCUCCCUUCCUGCGAGAGCCUUAAGGAUACCAUCGCACGGGCACUGCCCUUCUGGAACGAAGAGAUCGCCCCUAAAAUCAAACAGGGAAAGAGGGUGCUCAUCGCUGCCCAUGGAAACAGUCUGAGGGGGAUUGUUAAGCACCUGGAGGGAAUGUCAGAUGAAGCCAUCAUGGAGCUGAACCUGCCAACGGGCAUCCCCAUCCUCUACGAGCUCGACAAGAACCUGAAGCCUGUGAAGCCGAUGCAGUUCCUGGGAGACGAGGAGACUGUACGCAAAGCCAUGGAGGCUGUGGCUGCUCAAGGAAAGGCCAAGAAGUAAAGACACAGAAAAGCCAUCUCUGUGUAUGACAGAGUAGGUUGUCCCACACAACUGACAGAUUAGUGUUUUUCCUAAAUCCUCAUUUAUUUUGGAUUGUCAUACACGGUGAGUACACUGUAGAUUGUUGUCAAAGGCAACCUCACUCUACUUGCACAGUCAGGGAUAGUAGAUGGUGAACAAUUGCGAUAUAGAGCCACAGCUCUCAAGAGAUUGUAAAUAAUUUUUGCUAAAAUGUGUUAUUAAUACAACAACUUUUUAAGAAGGGAGCAUUGAACUGAAAUGGAUAGCAUUGUUGAUAAAGGCAGUGUAUUAUCUGUGUAGUAAAGAUCCCUAUGUAUCCCUAUGUACUACUGUGUACUACAUUAAGCUGUGGUGUCCUAGACAGGGAUGUUUAAUGUCAGGUUAAAUGGUAUUUAAACCAAUUACAGAAAAAGGAGUGAACUUCUCGCUGUGGUCACUCUUCCACAGUCAGUAAUAAAAAUCCAAGCCACAGCACGUGUUUUGAUGCUACACACACACACAUCUAAGAUAAAGAGUGGGGAAUGAGAGUGAGACAUGACCCUUGUUGUUGUCUCGGUUUGCUGAUGGUGGUAAGGAAGUUAUACCACCUAUGUGUGUCUGAUCAUACUGACUUCAUCAUUACUUGCCCAGGACAAAAUUAUCUAGUAUUACAAUUUAAUUAAAAAAAAGGCUUUAUGAGACUUUUUUUUUUUUUUUUA